UUAAUCCGCACAAGGGGCACACAUAUUAGAUGUCCGGCAAAAGUGUGUUCAUUCCUGGUCAAUCAAAACAACCUGUUUAAUUACACACAGCUGCAAUAUUUAGGCGUACAAAUUGUGGAGGAAAACACAAAUGAAUACCGUGGGGGGUUUUCUGUGCCGUCAACGGUGACUGCGAUUACACCAUCAAAUUAAACACACAAACCUGGUUAAUCGGGGUGCGGGCGGCAGACACCCACAAAGCAAACACAGGCUCCUAUCGGCGCAGGCUUAGUCCGCGUCAUUUACAACCCAUCCACAUUAUUACGGAAAAAAAUCAUUGCAAUUACUCACGGCGGCACGAUAGGGGAGCCCGUAUUCGUAUUUUCCCUCACUCUUCUUCUACCAAAUCGCUCGAAAGAGGUCUUCGUCUCCCGUGCGUGCGCGCUGGUCAGAAGAAAUACAGCUUGUCAAGGAGCGGCGAUGGCUUCCCCGAAUCCAAAGAGCGACCACCAGGGCGUCUACUACCCCAUGCAGCAACCACCGGCAUACGCGGGCCAGGAGGGCAGCAACAAUCCGGCACCAAUGCAAGGAGCUACCACGGUGUACAUGACACAACCGUCGGCGACGGUGGUGCAGCUACCGCCGGUGUCCACCACCACCACGGGGUUAGUGGUGGUGCAGCACCAGCCCACGUCGUUCAACCCCGUCACCACCACGUGUCCGUCGUGCCGCCAGAUGGUGCAAACCGAGACGAGCACCCAGCCGGGACUCCUCACGUGGCUGAUCAUGGGCGGCCUCUGUCUGGUCGGGCUGUGGCUGUGCGUGUGGAUCCCGCUCGUCGUGGACUCGUGCAAGGACGUGGAGCAUCGCUGCGCCAACUGCAAGAUGUACAUCACCACGUCGCGCAGGAUCUGAUCGCUCCAUCCACACGGAGCGCACGCGCGCAGGCACGAUAGCUCACGUGCAGACACACACGACAGCUCACGUACAGACACGCACGAUAGCUCACGUACAGACACGCACGAUAGCUCACGUGCAGACACGCACGAUAGCUCACGUACAGACACGCACGACAGCUCACGUACAGACACGCACGACAGCUCACGUGCAGACACGCACGAUAGCUCACGUGCAGACACACACGACAGCUCACGUACAGACACGCACGACAGCUCACGUACAGACACGCACGACAGCUCACGUACGGACACGCACGAUAGCUCACGUACGGACACGCACGACAGCUCACGUACAGACACGCACGAUAGCUCACGUACAGACACGCACCACAGCUCACGUACAGACACGCACGAUAGAUCACGUACAGACACACACGACAGCUCACGUACAGACACACACGACAGCUCACGUGCAGACACGCACGACAGCUCACGUGCAGACACGCACGACAGCUCACGUGCAGACACACACGACAGCUCACGUGCAGACACACACGACAGCUCACGUACAGACACACACGACACCUCACGUGCAGACACGCACGACAGCUCACGUGCAGACACACACGACAGCUCACGUACAGACACACACGACACCUCACGUGCAGACACGCACGACAGCUCACGUGCAGACACACACGACAGCUCACGUACAGACACACACGAUAGCUCACGUACAGACACGCACGACAGCUCACG